AUGACCGGCCUUUCUGGCAAACGCCAGACGCCUGCCCCUCCCAAGUUGAAUAGAGACUCCUUUGAGUUUGAUAAUCCGCAUGUUGAACACGUGGAGGUCACUCAGGCUCCAGAAGCAAGCACCAAAGUCGAGUCGAAGGGCUCAGGAAGACUCAGCCCUAGAGCUACCGGUCCCCCAAACAUAACCAGUCCUCCACGUGUCCUCGCCAAUGCCCGCGCGACACUUCAAAAGCUCACCAAAAGCCCUGGAAGCAAGCAACCAGAAAACCGUCGAAGGUCACCCACUUCGCACCAACCACCGCCAACGGUACCCGCCACCCAGAAGACACAUGGGGCUUCACAUUCCUCCAGCACAAACCCACCAACAACUCUACCUUAUGGUAUACAUUUCGAUCCCACGUGUAUGACCCUCCGCAUCGGGUAUGGAUAUAACAAUCUUGCUCCCCGCUGGCUUCUAAAACCCACAAAGAAGUCUGAGGAAAAGCCGGACUUGGCUGAACUAGAAUGGGUAUUUGAUGCCGGGCCAUUUGCGUACGCGAUGAACUCAGAGAACAGUUGGUUGAGAAAAUACGCAUAUGGGGUUCUGGAAACCACUUUGGAGAAUCCGGUCUUUAGACAUAAUAUCAGAACAGACAUCUGGAGUAGGACAGACGGCAACUUCCAAGAAAUCGAGGACCCCAUACCGUCACUUCCGUCUCCGCCACCUAAUGUCGAUGUGACUCGACAGGACCAGGGCCCGACUCCGGGCAGUUGGGAUGGAAGGGUUUUCAAAUUCCCAAACUAUGAACGCCCCUCUUUGGCAGAUCGAGCCCUGCCCAAGGCCGGGAGUCUAUAUCAGAACAACCGAACACCCCCGAGACGGAUCCCCCGACUCUAUGCCGAAUCCGACGAGGAAGGCGCGAACAGCACCUCGUCUACUUCCAUCGAAUCCGAAGAGAGUUCGUCGCCCGGUGAUGAGGAGGGUUCCCAAAGGAGAUACCAAGAUCCUGCGGUGUCCAGUGGCAGGGCCAGCGCUAUCCGCGGUGAUGUGAACGAAGUAGAUCGAGGAACCAGAGUGAUGGAUUGGUGCCAGAAGCAAGAGUUGUAUACAUCUGUUCCAUCGGAGGAUGACGCGUCUGAAAUGUGCCGAAAGCUCGGCAUUCCCGACAUGCAACAGCGCUGGCUUCACGAACAUAGCGCUCGGAAUAGGUCGUUUUGGGUUUUCAGCUUGCUUGCAACAUACUGCCACAUGCUUUGCCUUAGAGAAGAAGAGCAGAGGCGUGAAUCCAAUGUGCACGAUCUCGGAGAUUUCGGCCAGUAUAAGGAAAUCAAUCCUGCGAAGAAGGAGAUCAAUCCUGCGAAGAAGAAGAGACCAGGCAACAUGUUCACAUUCACGCCUUUACUGGGGGCUCAGUCGUCAUCGUCAAAGGCCUCCCAGUCGAUUCUAGAGCUUGAUGGGGGAAUCAAGAUCCUUGUCGACGUGGGUUGGGGCGAUACCUUUGAUCCGCUUGAUUUGCAGGAACUGGAAAAACAUAUUCCGACCCUAUCUCUGAUCCUCUUAACACACGCGACCCCGGCACAUAUUGGUGCCUUUGCGCACUGCUGCAAGGCCUUUCCCCUUUUUACUCAGAUCCCCGUUUACGCUACCGGUCCCGUUAUCGCCCUCGGUCGCACGCUGCUCCAGGACCUAUAUGCAUCCUCCCCGCUAGCAGCGACGUUUCUACCGACGACCUCGGUCACCGAGUCUGGGGCGUCCACGGCUGGGCCAUCGGUCGCGGAGGGAGAACGGAUUCUGCUUCAACCGCCCACCAACGAAGAUAUUGCCCGAUAUUUCUCCUUUAUUCACCCGUUGAAAUACUCGCAGCCUCACGAACCGCUUGCCUCUCCUUUCUCUCCGCCGCUGAACGGCCUGACGUUGACGGCCUACAAUGCUGGACAUACUGUGGGUGGAACGAUAUGGCAUGUGCAACAUGGCAUGGAGUCGAUUGUGUAUGCCGUCGAUUGGAACCAGGCUCGAGAGAGCGUGGUAGCCGGUGCGGCGUGGUUCGGAGGAUCCGGGGCCAGCGGGGCGGAAGUCAUUGAGCAGCUGCGCAAACCUACUGCUCUAGUCUGUAGCACCCGGGGUGGUGAUAAGUUCGCACUUCCUGGGGGCCGUAAGAAGCGCGAUGAUCUCUUACUGGAUAUGAUUCGGAGCUCCCUUGCUAAAGGAGGGACUGUUCUGAUCCCAACCGAUACCAGCGCGCGUGUCCUGGAACUUGCUUACGCGCUGGAGCACGCGUGGCGCGAUGCUGCGGGGAACGAACAAAGCACCGAUGCGCUGAAAGGCGCGGGGCUGUAUUUGGGUGGGAGAAAGGCUCACACCACGAUGAGACUUGCGCGGAGUAUGAUAGAAUGGAUGGAUGAGAACAUCGUGCGCGAGUUCGAAGCAGCCGAGGGUGUCGAUGCUACGACGGGCCAGUCCCGGUCCGGAGCCGAUGGCCAACGUUCUGGCGGCCAGGCAAACAGCAAGGGCGAAGAGAAAGGAAUAGCCCCGUUCACUUUCAAGCAUUUGAAGAUCGUGGAGCGAAGGAAGCGACUGGAGAAGAUUCUAAGUGAUCCUACGCCCAAAGUCGUUCUUGCGUCAGACACAUCCCUCGACUGGGGUUUCGCAAAGGAAUCUCUUCGUCUGGUGGCGGAGGGCCCUAACAACCUCUUGCUACUGACGGAGUCGCUCCACAAGGAGCGACUUCCCGUGGAGCAGGAUGAAACCCAACGGAAGACCCUGGGAAGCAUGAUCUGGGAAUGGUACGAAGAAAGAAAAGACGGAGUUGCGCUGGAGAAGGCGUCGGAUGGUGAGACAAUCGAGCAGAUUCACAGUGGCGGACGAGAGCUAGCCUGGACCGACGUCCAGCGAGCGCCGCUAGACGCUGGGGAGCAGCUCAUUUAUCAGCAGUAUCUCGCCACACAACGACAACUCCAGGAUACUUCGCAGGCUCGGGGCCAAGAAGCCCUGGACACUGCAGCAGAUGCACUGGAUGAUCGGUCCAGUUCGUCAUCAGAAGAUUCCGAAGAGGAACAACAGGGACGAGUGUUGAAUUUUUCGACUUCUUUGGCACACGUCAACCGGAACAAACUUGGACUUAGCGACGAAGAUCUUGGUAUCAACGUUCUGCUACGGCGAAAGAAUGUGUUCGAUUACGACGUUCGCGGCAAGAAGGGUCGCGAGCGAAUGUUCCCGUACGUCGCACCGCGGAAGAAGGGAGACGAGUACGGAGAGUUCAUUCGACCGGAGGAAUACCUGCGUGCCGAAGAACGUGAGGAGGCCGACAUGCAACAACGGCGCUCAGACUCGCAGACAAAACUUGGUCAAAAGCGACGAUGGGACGAGACCGGACCCAGCGGGGGCCCCAAGCGAGCACACAUGGCUGAUGGCGCCCAGCGGAGAGACACAGGCGCGGCAGACGACAGCAGUGUUACGGACUCGGAAGACGAAGAUAAGGAGGACGCCAAUGCUGCGGCGGAGCCUGAUGCUACCGACGAGCAAUCCUUUGAAGGCCCUGCGAAGGCGGUCUAUGAGAAGAGUUCGCUUACGAUCAACGCGCGUCUGGCGUAUGUGGAUUUCACUGGUCUGCAUGACAAGCGAAGUUUGGAGAUGCUCAUCCCGCUGAUCCAACCGCGCAAACUGAUCCUGGUGGGCGGCAUGAAAGAAGAGACCACCGCGCUGGCGACGGAAUGCAAGAAACUCCUCGUCGCGAAGGCAGGCAUGGACGUGUCUCACGAGGAUUUGGCUGUCAUCUUUACUCCUGCUAAUGGUGAGGUCAUCGAUGCCAGCGUUGAUACCAAUGCCUGGAUGGUCAAAUUGAGCAACAGCCUUGUUCGCCGGCUGAAAUGGCAGCACGUCCGCAGCCUUGGGGUCGUCACACUCACGGGACAAUUGCGGGCACCCGAACAGAGCUCAGACGAGGAUGCGACAGACUCGCCCCAUAAAAAGCAAAAACUCCUGGCCGGUGAAGCCGAACCCGAGACCGUGCCGCCGGCAGCGGACGAGGCCAAGCCCCCAACGACAACAGACAAGACGGACGUCUACCCAAUGCUGGACACCCUCCCGGCCAAUAUGGCCGCGGGGACUCGGUCCAUGACGCGCCCCCUGCACGUCGGCGAUCUGCGACUUGCCGACCUACGCAAGCUCAUGCAGGGCGCCGGCCACAAGGCGGAAUUCCGCGGCGAGGGAACUCUCCUGAUCGAUGGGAUGGUGGCGGUGCGCAAGUCCGGCACGGGGAGGAUCGAGAUCGAAGCAGCUGCCCAGUUAGCCACCGCGGGGACUCUACGCGGCGGCGCAGGCAGUUUCCUUGCCGUUAAAAGGAAGAUAUACGAGGGUCUCGCGGUGGUUGCGGGAAGUUAA